UUGGUACCGAGAAAGAUAAAGUGGAGAGCAUGGAUUCUACUUAAAUGUCUUUUUGAGGUGGUCUUUUGGAUUACAGCACUGUUAUUGAAAAAGUGUUUAACAGGCAGUACCCGUGGCCAUAUCCUUUGUCAUCAAGGAGAGACUUACAAACACGUGGGUUAACUGCAGCUUUUACUUCAAAAUUGGAGCUUGUCGACAUGGAGAUCGCUGCUCCAGAAUCCACAAUAAACCUACAUUUAGUCAGCCAAGUAUGAUCACUCUGAGCCCAGGUUAUCAUACCAAACCAGCAAAGAACUACAAUUACGCACAUUCACUGGGUAGAACGUGAGAUGGUGUGUUCCGGUUAUUAUAUUCAACCCCCUCUUCCAGCUAAUAGGCAAAAGGUAAAAAAAAAGACUGUGCUGAUACUGAACCUGUACUGUAAUCCCCAGAAUUCAGCAAAAUCUGCAGAUGGGUCUCAUUCUACUGUGAGCGAUGAAGAAAUGCAAGAGCAUUAUGACAACUUUUUUGAAGAAGUGUUCGUAGAAUGCGAAGAUCGCUAUGGGGAGAUAGAAGAGAUGAAUGUGUGUGACAACCUCGGUGAUCAUCUUGUAGGAAAUGUUUAUAUAAAGUUCAAGUAUGAAGAGGAUGCAGAAAAAGCAGUUGUGGAUUUAAAUAACCGAUGGUUUGGUGGCCGUGCCAUCCACGCUGAACUUAGCCCUGUGACUGAUUUUCGUGAAGCUUGUUGUCGACAGUAUGAAAUGGGGGAAUGUACACGCAGUGGGUUUUGUAAUUUUAUGCACCUGAAACCAAUAUCCAGAGAAUUGAGACGAGAGUUAUAUGGACGUAGACGAAGGAGGUCACCUUCAUCGCGAAGCCGUCGAAGAAGGUCAAGAUCGCGAACCCGGAGAUCCCGAUCAAGAACUCACAGGUCUAGAUCACAAUCAAGGUCAUCUCAAGAGAGAAGAAGAGAACAAAGGGACACCUCUACAUCUGCUGAUAGAGUUAGUGCCCUUCCCCAAGAGAAAGAGCAAAGGGAAGGUCGUUUUGGUCGGUAUUAAUGUUCCAGUAGGUACUUGCGGUCCAAUAAGACAAUAAAUCCUCAUCAUUUCAUAACAAAGCUGUCAGUCCUAAUUAGCCUUCAUUUGGUUUCAAAAUCUUAAACACAGUUUUUGAAUCUUGAGGAUGAAAGGAGAAUAAUAGCUAGAAAAUAAGCCAUUUAAUGGGAAUAUGCACAUGGAUCUUUGACUGAUUGUUGAAUAGAGAUAGCUGGCUUCAUUCUUUCCCCAGUCUUUAGCAUACAACAGCCACGUGAGUUUCCAAGCUGAGUUAGGUUUGGAAAUAAAUAUAAUUUAAUAUCUGUGUUCUCUUUUUGUUUGUGAUAUUAUAUAGAUUACUGCUUCAUUGCUGUCUAUAAUUUGUAUGUUCUUUUUCUGUAAUUAUUCUUGAUUGAAUUUAUUGCUCAAUUUCCUAGCCAAAGUUAAUAAUCUUUCACAUUGUUUUGGUUAAUUACCUUACUGUACCCUCUGACUACUGCAAAGUAAGCAGUAGUUCAUUUAUGUUUUGGGUUAUCCAUUCACAUUUUCUCAGUUCCUAAAAGUAAUCAACAAACAACUUUAAAACUAAAUAUAUUUUUUGUUUCUUGUGUCUGGAUAACGUUUACAUCAUAGCAUUUAGUAUUUUUUCUACUACUAUAAUAUUAUUCAGUAUUACCGUUUGUAUUUUUGUGAAAGUUGACGAUUAUACUGUUGCUAAGUAUCAUAUGGCAUUCUGUUGCUUGCCGCUGGCACUGUAAACCCCCAGGAUUCGCGUUCUUACAAUUUGCGGACACGGCGAUUUGUGGAUUUCUGUAUGGAAUGUGUAUACACAUCAUCCACGGACAGUUCACCUAUUCGUGGUAUUUUUCACAGAGAUAUUCAUUGAUUAUUGUAUUUUCAUAUUUUCAUGACUAAAUACAUAUGUACACUUUUUGUGAUAAAACUAUUAAAAUCCUCUGGUAAAAACAUUUUUAAAUUAUUUUUUUGUUUGAACUAUCAAAAUAGGCAGUUUUAAGCGUUUUUAGAAGGGUUUUAGUAUUCGCAGAUUUUAGCGAUUUGCUGGGUGGGUGUUGGGGUAUCUAUCCCCCCAAAAAGGGGUCCACUUUAUUUAUUGUCGCAGCUUCUGUAAUUUUAUAGUACCAAUACAUCAGUACUAUAUAUUUUCAUUAUGGUCAUGAUUUUAGAAUGUAAUUCUGUUGGAAUGCCUAAUAGAUUUUCUCAGGGACUUCUAAUUAAGUUUGCUUUGUUUUAUGUCCAUAGACACAGAUCAUCACCUUAUUAAAUUGAUGAAGUUAUCAGUUUUUUAUAUAACUAAGAAGUUGAAGUUUUUUAAAUGUUUGUUGAAUAAUGACACAUGAAAAUUUGAAACAAGUCCCCUGUGCCAUAUGGUCAGAGAGCCAGCAUACUUAUGAUGGUGCUUUAUGGCAUUGGCCGAGACCUUCAAGUUUUUGUAGCUUUUUCCUAAAGGAUGUGAGCUUCCUUUCUGCUAAUCACCUCAGUGCCAGGAGGGCAGUAGGCUCAUGGGUGUCCUAUCACAGUGUUUUCUGAGUUUUAGUUUUAAAAGCCCUCCAUAUACCCCAAAAGAAGCAUGAUUUGAUCCUGCCAAGUUUCUUAUUCUUUUAGUAAAGUAUUCAAAGAUGGUGAAGAAGUCACUAAAUCCAUGCAAGAGCAAGAAGCCAGUCUACCGUAAGUGUGAUCUUUUAGUCCAGAAAUAUGAAGAGCACCUUAGAAUUUUGAGACAUCCCAAAUUUUUCUGCUAAAGCACAGUGGCAAAUUAAAGACAGCAGUGUUUUAUUGCUUGCUGUGACUUUUUUUUGUGUAAUUUUGUUUACAGUAAGUUAAAAAAUGGAAACAAGUCAGAUUGACUUGAGUUCGCUCAAAAUCUUUGGUUAUGAUGUCAUUUGACAUCACCAAAUUCUCCAAGAUUUUUGGUAUAGAAUGAUAACACUAACAUCUUUGGAAAUCUCAAAAGGUUGGUAAAUCGGUUUGCUUUGAGCCUGAAAUGCAGACUUGUACUGCUUUGGUCAACUAAACUCGUCUCCAUGGAAAUUAGAUGGCAUACUUCACGGCUGGGACAAGCUGGAACUUUCUUCUUUCCCUUUCCAUGGUCUGCUUUGCCAGGUUCUGAAGAAGCUGAGGGCUUCUAAUUAUUAACCUCACCUUCACAAGUGCUACGACGGUCCAGCAAUACUCUUAAUACUUAUAGACUUAUCAACCCUUGACCUCUCAGUUUAUUGGUUGGUACUCUGAAAGGCAUCAGAUCUAUCAGUACCUCUAUACCCUUUGUUAGAUUUUUUCUUCACCUUCAUCUGCAGAAGUUGCUUGUUCUGAGAAGUGAGUUCCACAUAAGUGUUUAACUACUGUAGCAGCAUCAUUUCAUGUCUUCAUUCCCCUACUAAGGCUUGUUUUCAACUGCUGGGUAAUACCUCAUUACAACUCCAACUUCUUGCUAAGUUCUAUUUGAGAAAGGGGUUGUGUAAGGGUUUAUGUAUUUACUGGGGUCUUUGAUCAUAGGUCACCUGUUAUGUCCAGAUGUUGUACAUUAUCCUUCCUCCACAUCAUUUAUAUUAGUUAAUUCAUCUGUCAUUUACCUUAGAGGUAUAGACAUUUAGGGCUACAAGCAGCCAUGGGUCACUGGAAUGGAUUGUACCUUCCUUGUGCAUUUGUUGAAGUAUUGAUGUUACAGUCAGUUGCUUCAUUUUCACGGUAUUUCAGACACUUUGUUCCUGACUAUUUAUGUCCCUAAGUGGUACUAGAGCCAUCAGAAUAUCUCUGUAACUGGAGAUCAUUUUCUCUUGUCCACCCAGCAAAAUGUAACUGGAGAUCAUUUUCUCUUGUCCUCCCAGCAAAAUGUAACUGGAGAUCAUUUUCUCUUGUCCUCCCAGCAAAAUGUAACUGGAGAUCAUUUUCUCUUGUCCUCCCAGCAAAAUGUAACUGGAGAUCAUUUUCUCUUGUCCUCCCAGCAAAACAGCAGUUUAGGCUAAUUAUGAUCGUUGGGUUUGCAUGAAACAUUUGUAGCUUUUAUAAAAUAAAAUUUUUGUACAUAUAUAAUACAUAAUGAAGUGCCAUGCUGUUAAUCCCCCCCAUGAUCUAGCCUUUAAACAAGUUUUAUGUAAAAGAAUGAGGUCAUCCACCUCUAUUUACUGCUGGGUCAAAGAUGUAAAUGUGCAUAAUGUCAUCAAUGGUUGAUUUUCCAACUAAUCAUCUUUAUCCGUUUUUUAAACUUUAUAAGCUAGUCUGGAGAAUUGAACACUACAAAUUAAAGCUAUUUAUGGUUGAUGGGUUUGUAUACAAAAUUUUAUUUUACAAAAGCUGCAAUUUUAGUUCCUGCAGAAGCACAGGUAUUAUAUUUUAUGGAUAAAUCAAGAGUAUAUUAAUUUAUAUACUUUUUGGUAUAGAAUAUGUAUACAAAUGUAUUCAAAACUAUUUGCAGGACUAAAAUACAUACAUAACUGUAUAUUGAUUAGUAACAGGACUGUAAAACACACACAGUUCUGUAUGAUGAUAAGUAACCAUUGUUCUAGAUGUUGCUUUACAGAGCUAUGGUCACUGUUUUAAGUGGCUUUUCAGCUUUCAUUUUUAUAAUUUCUUGGAAGGUUAUUGCUGCUAACUUUUAUGUAAAAGUUUGUUUGUAUUUAACUUCCUGUACUUGCUCACCUUUAUGAUAUAGAUGGAUUUAUUUUAUUAGUAUGGUAUUAUUGUCAAGUAGUAAUACUAUGUUGUAAAAUGUACAUCAAUUUUGUUUUCGGUUUAAGUAAUUUUUUUGUGUCCAACUGAACUGCUUAUUUUUGUAUUUUUGUUUACAUCAGGUUUUAUGAAUGUUGUCUGUAGGUUUAAACCUGACUGUUGUGUGAAUCAGUUUUGUCAGUUCACUGUCAUCAGCAGAGAAUGUCAUUUAAUUUAUUUUAUGUCAAAGUUGAAAUAUAGGGCAUACAUACUUAAAAGUAUAUUUCUGAUAUUUUCAAUUUCUUAUUGUUGAAAUGUUUAAUUUGAUAUGUUGGUGAAUUCUUUUGCAUUAAACAUGUUGAAAAUUUGAGUCUA